AUGGAUCUGCCUUUUGAAUUAGCUAUUGAAGCUGUGGAAGGUUUAAACUUCCUUAAUGACGCUAUAGAUGAAGAAAUCACGAGGAAAGUCAUUGUUAAUGCUGUAAAGCAGAUUCUAGUGAACGGACCAGCAUUGCCAGCAAGAUCUGAUAUUUAUGAAAAUGAUGUAAAAUUGAAUGUCAAGAAGGCUGAAUAUGGAAUAUCCUGUACGCUAAUUUGUUCUGCUCAGAAUGGAAUUGAUUCAUUGCAAUUGAAGGAAGUUCUGUCAUUUUAUAAAGUUAAUAAAAAGACGACGAGUCAAUUGAUGGAAUCUUAUGAGAAAUUUAAAGAUGAUUUAACGAACAAAAUGAUGAAAUUCGGAAGUUCCCAUAAAAUUGAAACAUUGACAGAUGUAGAUUAUGAGAUACAGCAACAAUAUAUUCCAAAUGGAGACAUACUCUUUAAAUUGACAUUAAAGUCCUUUGAUCAUGAAAAAGGCGAGAAUAAAAUUAUUGACGAGAUUUACUGUAAUCAAGAGGAACUUCAACUGCUGAUUGCCAAGUUGAAAGACAUCGAGAGGCACUGUGAACGAAUUAGUAAACUAGAGUAG